UGCCUGGGAGUCGCUGCUGCUCCUGCUGCUGCCGCUGCCGCCGCCGCUGUCCCGAACGCGCGAGGCCGCUGGCAUCUGCGUCCGCUGGGCGAGCAGGACAGCCUUCUUUGGAUUUGGAGCUCCUAGACAGGACAUCUGUCCUCUCCAGAAUGAAGGUCUUCUUGGCGGUGCUGCUGGCUGCCCUUCUGGGUGUGGAGCGAGCCCACUCGCUGAUGUGCUUCUCCUGCACGAAUCAGAACAGCAACUGGUACUGCCUGAAGCCGACCAUCUGCUCUGACUCGGACAACUACUGUGUGACCAUGUCUGCCGCUGCUGGCAUUGGGAAGGUCGUGGACUUCGGCUACAGCCUGAACAAAGGCUGCUCCCCUAUCUGUCCUGGCCCAAGUGUCGAUAUCGGUGUGGCGUCCGUGGGCACCCACUGCUGCCAGAGCUUCCUGUGUAAUUUCAGCGCAGCCGACGGUGGGCUGCGGGCCAGCACUGUCCUGCUGGCCCUGGGGCUGCUGCUCAGCCUGCUGCCAGCCCUGCUGCGGCCUGGCCCCUGACCACUCGGACCCGUGCCCCCACCCCUAGCUCAGGAAGGAAAGCCCAGCCCCUCCCAGACUCCUCACCGUGCCUGACACCCUCGCUUGGCCCCAGGGUCAGGCCCACCCCCUACACUUGCCCCAGCCCCCGUCCAGGUGGGGUCAGCUACCCUCACUUUCAAGGACAGUGAUGUGACCUUCCUCAGGGGACUGGGGAAGGGACGAGGAUGUCCCUGGAGUCUUAGGGUGCUGGGGUCAGGACUGAGUCCUGUGGACAUACGGGACCCUUCCUAAGCCCCAGGCCCUGGCGGCCCUCAGGUCGGCUGCACCAGAUGGGGUGCCCAUGAGUGUGGGGGGGCUGUGGUCGUGGGUGGGUCUUGGGCUCUGCAGGUGUGAGUGAGGCUGUGUUUGGGGGAGGGAGGGUGGGAGCAGCCUGCAGAGCCCCAAGCCCACAGAGCCCCUUCCCUGGCAUUGCUGUGCCCACACUGCACUCCUUUGAGGGCACCCCCUGCGAGGCGGGGCUUCCUCUGCUUCCCAGUCUAGGCUCCCACCCCUAAAUCGACCAGCCCUGCCUGCCCCCUUCCACCCCGACUGGAGCCCUCCUGCUGCUUUUGUGCCUCAAAUAAACACAUGUCCCCACCCCUUCUUGCUCUGGGUGUGGCUGCCCCCCUGCCUGGGAGCCCCCUCUUAGCAGGGUCCCAAUGGGGAAGGGAAGAGCAGAGAGCCGAGGUUCAAGGGGCCUGGGGGUCCUCUGUGGCACAGUCCCAAACCGAGGCCCACUUGGGGCCCUGGGGGAGGAGGAGAGGCCCCCCAGCUCCCAUCCAGCUGCUCACAAGGUGUAGAAGGGCACCCCACUGCUGUGUUUUGCACUUUCUCCUCCUCAGGCUGGGCAGGUCAGGGGAGCAUGCACGUGGGGCGGGGCAGCAACCAGGGUGCUAGGACUUGGA